AUGAUCAACUUCUGUAGUGUACUUGAUGAAGACAUUGACUUGGGCCAGCUUGAUCCGACAAACAAUAAUACUAAGGAAAAGGAAGACAUUGAAGAUGAACGUUUAGAAGUCUUAGACAAUGAUGUAUUUGAGUCAUUUGCUAGUGAAAAAGAGCCUAGGAAGAAAUUGUUAAGGUCCAUUCUAAAACCAGUUGCUUGUUCAUCUGGUGAGGUUCACACUAAAGCUUUUAAGAUUGGUCAGACGUUCAAGGAAAAGGAAAAAAUAAGAGAAGUUAUUGCCAACUACUCUGUAAAAGAAAGGAGGGAUCUACAUUAUGUAAAGAAUGACAAGACAAGAGUUAGGGUAAAGUGUAGGGGUAUUGUUCCUGAAUUGACUGGUGACAGUAAUAAAGAUAGGGGCAAUUUAGUACUUUCCAAGAAAACAACUUGUCCAUGGGUUCUUUUUAUAUCUAGGGCAGAUGAGAAACAACUUUGGACUGUCAAAACAUACGAAGAUUCUCAUUCUUGUUUGCAAACAAGGACAGUGAGGGCUUGUUCAUCUAAGUUUCUAGCUAACAACAUAUUGCAUCAAGUUGAAAGUAACCCCAAGAUCCCUACACGUGCUUUACAAGAGGAGUUAGUACAGAGGUAUUCACUUUCAAUAUCAAAGAUGAAAGUAUUUCGGGCCAAAGCUAUGGCAAAACAAUAUGUUUAUGGUGAUUAUGAAAAGCAGUACGGUGUUUUGAGAGAAUAUGCCAUGGAAUUGAAGUCAAAGAAUCCAGGAACAACUGUGAAGAUAGAUGUCGAAACUGAACCCAAUGGUCCCUUUCCAGGACAAAUUCUUACUGCAGUUGGGCUUGAUUCGAACAAUGGCAUUUACCCAGUUGCAUAUGCCAUUGUAGAGACUGAAAAUAUUAACUCUUGGACAUGGUUUUUGGAACACUUGGGUGAUGACUUAGAUUUGAAUUCUUCAUCUAACUUCACUUUCAUUUCAGAUCGGCAAAAGGGAAUCUUGGCUGCAAUAGAGAAGUUAUUUCCAUCAGCUGAGCAAAGGUUCUGUUUAAGACAUGUGUAUCACAACAUGAAAUUGAAACACAAAGGAGAUGAAUUGAGGGAAGCAGUAUGGUGUUGUGGAAAAGUAUACAACAUACCAAAAUUUAAUAGGGCUAUGGAGAAACUGAAAAAGCUUAACCCAGAAGCACAUGAGUGUUUAAGUAAAAUUCCUGCAAAACACUGGGCAAGAUCCCAUUUCUCUGGAAGGGCAUUGACUGAUAGUUUAACAAAUAACUUGUGUGAGGUUGGUAGGCCAAAGAAAAAAAGGAAGAGGGCAGUUGAUGAGCCAACUCAAAGUACCAAACAAAGUAGCCAUUUCACCAUCAUCAAUCUUGCUUCGAGAUUGUUUCUUCCACGCAACAACCCUAGAAUCACAACAGUUGACCUAGGGCACAUGGGAGGGUCGAACCAUCCAAAAAAGCUGCAUGUUCCUCCUAACCUUGAGCAUGACCAAAAUCGACGACCUGGGUUCAAGUCAGUCCACGAUGUCACCAAAAUCGUCGGCCUUCCACAGUGGCAUAUCACCAUCUUCUUCAAUUUUGGAAUAGAAUGUGAGUAG